AUGCGUUUCAUCGCAAAUUUUGUAUGGGACAAUUCAGCAACAUUUGUUUACAACACUAUUCAUGAAAGAUGGCCCAUAAUUUUAACGAAGGUUAUUGAUCAAGUCCACCGUUAUCGGCAAAUACAUGUUGCGGUUUACCGCGAGGAAGGAUAUCGCGAUAUGGAAAAUGUGAUAGCCGAACUUACGGAAUUACAUGACUCAAUGACUUGUGACAAGCCUUUGGUUGAUUUUAAUGACGAUUUAGAUAACGUCGAACUAUGGAACAAUUUAUUGUAUAAGCUUAGAAAAGAAAAUAAGGGUGAACUUUCUUGGUAUCGUUUGAGCUGGCUUUUUAUUGAAUGUUAUGUAUAUCGUCGAAUCGCUGUCGCAUUUAGAAGAACAAAAACUUUAAGCCAAUUCGAUCCGUUUGCAGCACAGAAGCAAAUUGCUUUCAUUGACAGCAUAAAUAGCGCGGAUGUCGUUGCGAAUUAUUUGGAUAAUUUCUAUGUACAGACACAUUCACAUACACUGGAUUCAAAACUCAUCUCACGUUUUUUGCAGAUAUGUUUAUGGGGCAAUAAGUGCGAUCUUUCAUUAUCUUGCGGUGAUAGUAUGGUUCCUGAUAGCACACUUCUUGAAAUGGGUAAAAAGUUCACAGAGAAAAUCAUUUCAAAUGAUCUUCAAAAGGCCAUAGAAAUUCUCCAGCAUGCGUGUGGACAGCGUAUCGAUAUUGUGCUUGAUAAUGCAGGCCUUGAACUAUUUGGUGACCUCGUCUUAGCCGACUUCUUAAUUAACGUGGUUAAAGUUGGGAAAGUCAUCUUUCGUGGGAAGGCCAUGCCUUGGUUCGUAUCCGAUGUAACGAAUGGCGAUUUUCACUGGCUUUUGGAAAUUCUUAGUGGUAGCAAUCACAAUAGCUUUAACAAAGCUGGCCAACGAUGGCAACAAAUGCUCGCUAAGGAUAAAUUUGAAUUCCAAGCGCACAGAUUCUGGACAUUGCCUUUUCCUUACUGUGAAAUGCAAGACCAAGCGCCUGAUUUAUAUGACGAUCUUGCUGAAUCCGCCAUGAUUAUAUUCAAAGGUGAUUUAAAUUACAGAAAACUUGUCGGAGAUCGAAAAUGGCCAUGGAAUACGCCUUUUAAGGUGGCUCUUAGAGGCUUCACUCCGGCUCCUGUGCUAGCUUUGCGUACAAUAAAAUCUGAAACCGUAGUUGGCUUAAGUGAUAGCGUUAUUGCUGAUAUUGAAAACCUAUACGGCGAAAGUGAAGAGUGGAUGAUAACUGGAGAAUAUGCUGUUGUUCAAUUGCAACAAUGA